AUGGGGAGCUGGUCAGCCUUUCUGGCGGCCUAUCUCCUAGGCGGCAUCACGUUCCUUCCCCUCUUUCUCAUCACGGUAUACCUGCAUACGCUGUACGCCUGGCCGAAACGACCGGAUCUCGACGCGAGCGGACGACCCGACGAACAUGGCACCGACGAUCUUGUGCAGCCCGGAGACGAUAAAGCUGCUAUCGAUGCGGCAAAGAAGGAAGAGGCGAAGCAGAACUCUGCCGAGGUCACGGCUGGCUACUUUGCCGUGUGUCGAGAGUACACGCCAAUGGGCAUCAACGCCAAACCGAUCGAGCGCCCGACACCGGUGGGCAGCACCACGGUUGCGGCACCCAGUCAAAGCGUCUACCAGACCAUGUAUCGUUCUAUAUUUGAUCGGAAAGCAUCUGUGCCUGGGAAUCAAGACAAUGGAGGCGGCAACAGCGCGAUGAGCCAGCGGCCCAAAAAGGCGGGGAACGUGUUCUACGUGGUGCUGAGACACGGUCACCUGAUGUUGUUCGACGACGAGGAGCAAAUUGAAGUGCGGCAUGUGAUUUCGCUCGCGCAUCAUGAUAUUUCAGUUUAUUCUGGAGGCGAUGUCACGCCGGAGGGUGAGCUGUGGAUCAAGCGCAACGCACUGUGUCUGUCACGAAAGCAGGACGGCGCCGAGAUGACGGCGGACAGCCAGAUGUCGAAGCCGUUCUACCUGUUCUCGGAGAACUGUUCUGCCAAGGAGGAUUUCUACCACGCGCUGCUCAGGAACCAGGAGCAGACGUUUGGGGCCACGGAUCCAGGCAAUGUCCCACCAAAACCAAAAGCAUUCGAGGUGAAGAACAUUAUCACGCUGGUCCAGAAGCUUCAUUCCACGGAGGACAAUGUGCAUUCGCGGUGGCUCAAUGCUCUGAUUGGGAGGGUAUUCUUGGGCGUGCACCGCACGGCGGAUAUCGAGAGCUUCAUCUCGGAGAAGAUCACCAAAAAGAUUGCGCGCGUCAAGAAGCCGACAUUCCUGACGAAUAUUAACAUUCAGAAGAUUGACACAGGCGACGCGGCACCAAUGUUCAACAACUUGCGGCUGAAGGACUUGACAGUGGAAGGAGAGUGUGUCAUUGAGGCAGACGUCAAGUAUACCGGCAAUUUUCGCCUCGAAGUUGCGGCCACAGUGAAGAUUGACCUUGGCACGCGGUUCAAGGCUCGAGAAGUCAACCUCGUGCUGGCUGUCGUGCUUAAGAAAAUCGAAGGACAUGUGCUGUUUAAGGUCAAGCCGCCACCGAGCAACCGUGUCUGGCUCUCCUUCCAGACGAUGCCAAAGAUGGAGAUGGCAAUUGAGCCGAUUGUCAGCCAGCGCCAAAUCACGUACACACUCAUUCUGCGACAGAUUGAGAACCGAAUCAAGGAAGUCUUUGCGGAGACCUUGGUCCACCCGUUCUGGGACGAUGUACCUUUCUUCAAGACUGAGCACAAGUCUUGGCGAGGUGGCAUUUUCGAAGGCGACAAUGCAGUUGUCUCGGAAGGUGGCGACGUACAGGGCAUGGUCGCGCAGACUGGCAAUGCUGACGCAGUGGACCGCGUGGACGACAAUGCCGAGUUGAUCAACGCGACCAGACCGCUUGAGAAAAGUCACAGCCUCCCGCUGGUGACGGAAAAUGCUCGAUCGGCGACAUCAACGGGACUGUUUGGGAGAAAGAUCUCGAAAUCCUCGGCGCAGCCCUCAGCAGCAGCCUCGUCGACUAGUCUCGAGACAAAGCCGCAGCCAGUGCCAGUGCCAGUGCCGGUGUCGUCGCCACGCGCCACAGAGCCAGUUGUCGGGACAGAUGCAGCCCAUGCGGAGCUGUUCAAGCCGUCCUCCCCCCCUGCUACGGACAAUGCAAGCUCAUACAUGGCUGCUCUGCAAUCGAGGUCGCAAGAAGCAUCUAAAGAGCAGACUACACCAAGUGGAACGCCAUCAAAGCCAGCCUCAAUAGCGCCAACGUUGAGCUAUUCUUCUGCUUCAUCUGCAGACAAGGAGCCUGAAACGCAGUCUGUCGAAAUCUCCAUGCCGCCGCCGGGACGCAGAAAUACCACUUCAUCAUCAGAGUCAGCGUCCAUGGGGGGGUUUGAUGGCCAAGAACCUGCAUCGCCAGCCUCAUCAAAGACAUCGUUCAAGGACCAGGCCGGCUCUCUUGGACGGAACUUCUUUUUGCGCCGCGAAAACUCGAAUACAUCGCUGCCCUCGGGCAAGGAUGACUCAUCUAGCGUGAACUCCCAGAAGAAGAACACACUCGCCGCUGUCACCAAUGCCGCAGUGCAGGCUCGUCAAUGGGGCUGGAAUGCGAUUCAGCGCCAAAAGGAGGCGCGUAAAAAUGGCGAGGGACCAAGCAACCCGCAGGUGGACCUAUCGCAGCCCAUGGGCCGAGGACAGCCACUGCCACCUCCAGGAACGCCGUUACCUGGGCCGACGAAUGGUCGAACGAAGAUUGGUCCGGUGAACAUUCCCAAAAGGAAACCUGUGGCAUCUGGGUCACCCCCAGCGGAUGCGGAGGACAAAGAACACGAUAUUACCCCGCCACCUCCUCCAGCGGGGAGAAGGAGGAGGCGAGCUAGCCAUGACGUGGAAGGCACCAGCAACGCAGAUGGAAUGGGCAUGCUGGUUGUGGAAGCGCCGGACGACGAUGAGACGCCCGGAGUCGAAGAGAAGGACACAUACUGGGGCGAUGAGAGUAUUUCCAGGACGCCCGUGGAAGAAACGAUACCACCGCCUCGCCGCGAGGAGGACAUUCGAAGUCGGAGCACCAGUCCCGAGAAAACCGAGCCUUUUGGAGCUAUAGACGCGGACGAUGGAGCUAUAGACGCGGACGACGACACGGCCAAGUUGACGAAGUCAAGCUCAGCAGGAUCGACCGGCCCAGCCAAACGGUCAGCUCUUCGACCUGCCAGUUCGGCCAAGGCACCAAGCCUUCGCUCCAUCAGUCCUGGCAAGAGUCCCAUUGUCGCACGGCCGGUCAUUGAUGAAGACGAUGAUUACUCGGGCUGGCUGGACCAUGAUGCCGACCCGCUGGAAGCGGACAAGGGCACUGAAGACGACAGGAAGAUGUAG